AUGGCCGGCAGCACCAAUUUCUUCCUCUUCCUCCUAACCCUCUCCGUCCUCUACCUCGCCUCCACCUUCCCUGAACCCGGCCCGCCCAUCAAAACCACCAACCUCGUCGUCUACGUCCACGACCACUUCACCGGCCCCGACGCCACAGCAAUCACCGUCGCCGGCCGGCAGAAUCCGACCACCGUCGACGCAGCUGCGCCCGCCAGCUUCAACAUCCUCCGAUUCGGGACAAUCGCAGUCGUAGACGACCCGGUGACGGAGGGGCCCACGACGGAGUCGAAGGAGAUCGGCAGGGCACAGGGGGCUUACAUAAAUUCCCAAUUCGACGGGAAGGGGCUGUACUUGGUCUUUUCGGUGAUCUUCACCGGCGGCGAGUUCGCCGGGAGCACGCUGGAGAUCCAGGGAUCGGAUAUUUUCGCCAUGAAGGAGAGGGAAUUUGGGAUUGUUUCGGGGACAGGGUUUUUUAGGUUCGUGAAAGGAUAUGGGAUUAUGGAGACGGCGUUUAUGGAUGUGGCUAAUCUCAGAGCGAUUAUCAAGCUUAAUGUUACUGUAAAACACUAUUAA